AGAAUUUCUUUUUCCUCUCUUUGCCUUUCCAAAAUGCUUUGUGGGUCCUUGCACUUUCAUAUCAUCAUCGUCCACUUAUUCAUAUAAUAGUGAGUUUAAUCAAUUAUGCGAUGCUUCAACACCUACAUUUUAUGCUUCUCCAUCUUCUUGUUUGUCACCUUAUCUUGAUUCAUGUUGGGUUUCGAUUGCCAUGGCCAAAACAGGUUGGAAGCGGACUGGUGACUCUUCCCUGCAUAUUGCAUAUGGUUGUCUGUUUGGUGCUGGUGGGAUUUGGCAUUCCGAAAAGAUAGUCUUAAAGUUUCUCAUACUCAUCCUCCUUUUGAAGUAUGGUUAUUCAUCCAGGGAGCCUGACCUUGAAGGCGAAGCUUUGAUGCAGUUUCGGGCUGCCCUAAAUGACUCUAAUGGACUGGUAAAAGAUUGGAAUUACUUUUUGGUGAGCCCGUGCUUUAGUUGGUCUCAUAUCACUUGUAGGAAUGGAAAUGUCAUAGCUUUGAGCCUUGCUUCAAUUGGAUUUUCGGGAACUCUUUCAUCUUCGAUUACCAAACUGAAGUUUCUUGAGAGCUUGGAAUUACAGGACAAUAAUCUGUCUGGUCAUUUACCUGAUUACAUAGGCAGCAUGGUGCAUCUACAGAAUCUGAAUCUUGCAAAUAAUAAAUUCAAUGGCUCUAUACCUAUUACUUGGGGUCAACUAUCCAAUUUAAAGCAUUUGGAUCUUUCAUCAAAUGAUCUAAUGGGACAGAUACCAAGGCAAUUCUACAUGGUCCCAACAUUCAAUUUUACAGGAACACAUCUUACUUGUGGCUCCAGCUCGGAAGAACCUUGCAUUUCAGGAUCUCACGUUUCAGUUCCAACCAGGAAGUCAAAGCUCAAAGUCGUUAUUACUUCGGCAAGUUGUGGUGCUUUCAUACUUUUGCUAGUUGGGGCAAUCUUUGCCUACCGAUGCCAUGAACUGCACAAACUCAAACUCAAACAUGACGUGUUUGUUGAUGUUGAUGGUGAAGAUGCACGUCAAAUUUCCUUUGGUCAACUUAGAAGAUUUUCUUGGCGUGAGCUCCAACUUGCAACCGACAAUUUCAGUGAAGACAACAUCAUCGGACAAGGAGGGUUUGGAAAAGUUUACCGAGGUGUCCUCUCAGACAACACAAAAGUUGCUGUGAAACGCCUCGUGCAUUAUUACAAUCGUGGUGGAGAAGCGGCAUUUCAGAGAGAAGUUGAACUUAUAAGUGUAGCUGUUCAUAAGAAUCUUUUACGAUUGAUUGGUUUCUGCUCAACCUCAUCAGAGAAAAUCCUCAUUUAUCCAUUUAUGCCAAAUCUUAGUGUUGCAUAUCGCUUGCGAGACUUAAAACCUGGAGAAAAAGGUCUGGAUUGGCCUACAAGGGUGCAGGUGGCUUUUGGUGCAGCCCAUGGGUUGGAGUAUCUUCAUGACCAUUGUAAUCCCAAGAUUAUACAUCGUGAUUUAAAGGUUGCGAAUAUCUUAUUAGAUGAUAAUUUCGAACCUGUUCUUGGAGACUUUGGUCUGGCAAAGUUGGUUGAUACAAAAUUGACUCAUGUUACCACCCAAGUGCGUGGCACCAUGGGUCACAUUCCUCCGGAAUAUAUAUCCACGGGAAAAUCAUCCGAGAAGACAGAUGUGUUUGGAUAUGGUAUAACCCUUCUCGAACUUGUUACUGGUCAGCGUGCAAUAGAUUUCUCUCGUCUAGAAGAGGAAGAGGAUGUUAUACUACUUGAUCAUAUCAAGAAGUUGCAGAGAGAAAAUAGACUUGGUGACAUUGUGGAUGGAAACUUGAAGACUUACGAUCGUAAGGAAGUCGAGACUAUCGUUCAGGUUGCAUUGCUCUGCACUCAAAACUCACCCGAAGACCGGCCAACAAUGGGUGAAGUGGUUAAAAUGCUGCAAGGAGGAGUGGGUCUGGCUGAGAGAUGGGCUGAAUGGAAGCGGCUUGAAGUUGUGAGGAACCAAGAAUUGUCACUCAUGUCUCACCAAUUUAUUUGGGCAGAAGAGACGAGUGUUGACCAAGAAGCUAUACAGUUGUCCGAAGCAAGAUAGAAAGAUUUUCUAAGGGAAUGUUGUGGGAUAGCUAACAAGGAAAAUGGAUACCAUAGAUAUAUAGAGUAAUAGAGAAACCUUGUGUGAUCUUAUUAGCAACACAGAGCACUAUGAACCUCUGCUGGUAAAGAUUGUAUGGUUUGAUAAAGAAAUUACCCUUGUGAGUGCAAUGAUUGUCAUUCCUUUUGUUUU